CGCUCUUAGAUCACCUUCUGCUACCUACUCUCAAUAAACGCCAUAUAGAGUUUAUCAUUUCAACUUGCGCCACAUAGUCUAUCUCAAGUAGCGAUUAUUGUCGCGGGGAGGCGUUUCGUUUACAAGCAGCUAUUAUUUCUUCGUUGAGGGACUAUACGGUGCAUCAAGACAUGUUUGCAUCUGGUUCUUUGUUAUCGCAUUUCUCCCUGCUGAAGAAGACGAAACCCUGCAAGGACACUUCAGCUCUCUGCUGGAGUGAAUGAAGGUGACUCGGCUUCUGCAUUGUGGCAAUGCGGAGAGAAUCCAGGAGCAAGACACGGGCAGAUCGAUCAAUUGAGUAAGAAAUUUACCAAAACGAGUGGCAGAAUAUUGAUCAAUCAGCAUUUUAUAUCAGGGCAGUUUCUUCACUUGAUGUGUAUGCAUGAGUUCUGCACCGAAUGGGCGCAAAAACCGCCCCAGAACUGCCGGGACCAUUUUCCAGAUCGGCAGUAAGCCCCCGUCCAGAGAGUCGGAGCGCCGGGAGAGCAGCGAAGCUCUGCGUGCCGUAGCGGACUGCAGAAUGGUUGUCCAGGAGUUCAAUACACUUGUGGCCCUCUAUAGGGAGUUGGUUAUCUCUAUAGGAGAGAUUUCCACUGAUUGUCCCUCUCUCCGUGCGGAAAUGCACAAGACACGCACAAAAGGCUGUGAGAUGGCACGGACUGCUCAUCAAAACCUUUCUGCAAUAUCAGGCCCAGAAGAUGGAGAAAUACAUCCGGAGAUCUGCCGCCUCUUCAUCCAGCUGCAGUGCUGUCUGGAAAUGUACCUGACGGAGAUGCUGAAGUCUGUUUGUCUGCUGGGAUCCCUGCAGCUCCACAGAAAAGGGAAACAUUAUUCAGGAGCUACAAAGGUAGACAGUAAGAAAGAGGACAGCUCUGACAUCCCAAUCCUGGAAGACACGUCCUCCACUCCAGCGGACUGUCCGCAGACAUACUUCCUGGUGGCCACAGACAUUGAGAACAUUGAGAGGGACAUGACAGAAAUGAAAAACCUGCUAAGCAAACUCAGGGAGACAAUGCCUUUACCACUGAAGAACCAAGAUGACAGCAGUUUGUUGAAUCUGACGCCAUACCCGUUGGUCCGGCAGAGAAAGCGGCGUUUCUUUGGCCUCUGUUGUCUGGUGUCCAGCUAAGAGCUCUCUCCCAGAAUCCAGUCACAAAUGACUACGUUUCCUCACAAUGUGUGACACUCACCAAUCAACAGUUCUACUGCCAUUUCCAAAACCAGUGCUUUCUUUUGGUGAGUUCUGUCCAAUUUCCUACUGCUAUGAGAAUAAAUAGUAAUAUCUGUGUAACAUCAGUAGUCAUACAAACACUAUAUAAUAUUUGAUCAUUUUUAAAUGAAUGUUUGUCUACAUUAUGCUUAGUAAAGAAAAUGGUUUGUAGUAUGACUACAGCUAUGUUUAUCCAUACAAUUCAUAUGCUGUGCUUUUUGUCAAGACAGGUGUUGUAAUGAGGCGUUCAAGAGUGCUAAUUAGAGCAAAGGUUAUGAUGCUAAACAUUUAUGAUGCUUUUUUUUUUAAUACUGCACAACAUGAGUGAAUGUGGUAUCUGUUGUUUCUUUUGUUCUGCUUUUUUUGCUGUUACAAUAUUUUUACUACAGUAUUAUUUAGUCUUCCAUAAACCGAAAUCCUGUAACUUUUUUCUUUUUUUUCAGCCUUUAGGAGUAUAAAAUACCUGAAGAAGCCUUUGUAAAUAAAGAAUAUAUCUAUAAAUGGGAAUUUUAGAGAUGUACAUAUACAAUGUAAACCUAGCGCUCUGAAUUAUUUUUCAAAACUGUGAUUCCUUUAAAGAGAUUGUCAGUAAAGGAUGGCAUGUCUAUCCAUCUGGUGUGAUAUAAGUCCAGAUUGGAGGGGCUCAGCAUGGGUCUUGCUUAUUAAUAACAGUUCUAAAUGUGUCAGGCAUGGUGAAGAUACUGUAGUGUUUAUGAAAAGGCACAGUGUCGUUUUACAUUGGUAAUAAACCUUUUUUUAAUGAUUUAA